CAAUCUGCUCAGUUUUGGUGAUGUCAGUGCCCUAAAUGAUGUUACGGGCUAUUUCACAUCCAGAGAUGAAGGAUCGGAUGAUGAAGUUACUAAAGAGGAGUCGUCCGAUGACAGUUUGUUUUAUCACAGUGCGCGAACAGUUGCGCUGCGCUCGCUUUUACUACAAGAUUCCAGCCACAAUCCACCUGCGAGAGCGAGCUAGUGGACUUCUGAUGCUACGCGAGACUGGCGAAAGAAGAGUGAACACGAAAGAUCACAAGUCGGAGGGAAAAGUUGUUUUUAUGCCCACACCGCUUAUUAAAUUGUGGCUUAAAAGCGGAGGAAUGGAUUUGAGGACGUCUUGUCUUUGUUUAAUCAAUGUUAUUCUCCUCGCAGGCACAGCCUGUGGACUACAGAUCACUUCCACCGGCCCCACAUCCAUUGAGAAAGCCAGUGGUGAGACUGUGAAGCUGGACUGUCAGUUUACUCUCGCUACUGAGGAUUCUGGGCCUCUGGACAUUGAGUGGAGCCUGCAGCCCUCUGACAACCAGAAAGAAGAGAAAGUGGUGAUUGUGUACUCAGGUGACAGGGCGUUUGAACACUAUUAUGACCCUCUUAAAGGAAGAGUCCACUUCAACUCCCCUGACCCUAAAAAUGGCGAUGCCUCCAUGAACAUCAUGGGUCUGAAAGCCACAGACACAGGCACCUAUCAAUGCAAGGUGAAGAAGGUUCCUGGUAUCGGCAGCAGGAAGUUCCUCCUAACGGUCAUGGUGCGCCCUUCUAAACCCAAAUGUUAUGCAGAGGGUCAGACGUAUGCGGGGAAAGAUAUGGUGUUGAGGUGUAAGUCUGAAGAGGGCACACAACCACUGCAGUACAUUUGGGAAAGAACCACAGGCAAUAAACUACUGCCACCCCUGGCAGUGCUGGAUCCAGUCGGGGGCACCAUGAGUCUGAGGAACGCAACUGAGACAGCUUCAGGAUCAUACAAGUGCCUCGCUAAAAACCGUAUUGGAGCAGAAGAGUGUUUCGUGGAGGUCAAUAUCACACAACCCCCCAACAAUGGUGGCAUCAUUGCAGCUGCAGUAAUCUGCACUCUGCUGUUUCUCAUUCUCCUCAUCCUCCUCCUCUUCUGCUGCUGCCGUGCCCGCAACAAGAAGAAGUACGAAAAGGAGAUUGCCUAUGAGAUAAGAGAGGAUGUCCCCCCUCCAAAGAGUCGUGUUUCUACCGCACGCAGUUUCACCAGCGCGGGCAGCCAGCGCUCCUCUCUGGGCUCCAUGUCUCCCUCCAACCUGCACGAGUACACCAAGCCCCAGUAUGACAAGAUACCCUCCGAAGAGUACGAGAAGCCCCCUAGUCACGCCCCUAUCCCCCCACCCAGCAGAAUGGCCGGCCCCAACCUUAGCCGCAUGGGGGCCAUCCCUGUCAUGGUCCCUGCCCAGAACAGGGAUGGGUCCAUUGUGUAAAGCUGAACUGGGAUCAUUCUCUGCACAUUAUGACUGUCACUAUUCUAUUCAUUGUUCUAGCGGAAUUUGUGAAGGAGCACAGAAUCGAACUCAGCUGUACCAUCUCUGAUAAUACAAUUUGACUUCAACAGCAGAACUGCAACAAAUGUUAACAAAAAAAACUUUCAUAUUCAAUGGGAUGCGGAAAGGUGACUGCCUGCUCCUGUUUUGUAAAUAAUGCAAUGCAUGAUGUUUUUUUCUUUUUUCUUUUUAAAAAUAGAAAGCCCUAUCUUGAAUUGUUUGCCUAUUAAGUGUUCUCCAGAGAUGAAAUGAAACCCAUUAAACUAAAUGAAACGUAUAUAGUUCUUGGCUUUAGAUGAAAACUCCCAAGCUAUUUGAUAUUCUUUUUGCUUACAUUUUCAGACAAUUUUAAACCAUUUAUCUAUGACGAUUAUCUCUUUAUGCUACAAAAGCCUGGUAAACUCAAAGGUCUGUGGAAAUAUAUAUAUGGGUUGGCUUUGGUUUCUGGAUGAUAUUGUUUUUAAAAAACAUAACAGCAGCGUUCGUUUGGAUUGAAAAUUAUUUACAUGUGAUGUGUAUAUAUGAACAUGAAAUUGAUUUAUCUGCUAAUGAGCUAAUACUGUGACUCUUAACCUGCAUUGAUUUUUACGGACCAUUUGGCAGUUGUAAACCCCCAUCGGUACGUGUCAGAGUGAUUAGUGUUCAAGUCUCUGAUUGGUUGUUUGCUUAACUUAGAUUGGCUUGUAACACCCAAACCUCCACUCCACUGGUAGUCGUCAAAAUAAGAUUAAACGGUUUAUUUCAAAAGAUGCUCAAGCUGGGUGGUAAAAUACGGUUCACUGAGCAAUCAGACUUUGGCAAGUUUGAAGGCCAGGGGCACCAGUCACCACCACUCCUCUGCCCCAGCCAGGCCAAAAAAGCUGAUCACAGAUGUCUCUGAUUAUAGAUCUGCAUAAUACACAGACAUAACAAGAGAUACUAAUCCUAAACCUGCAUUUGGCCUGGCUCAACUCAUCCUUCUUUAAAAGCUGAUUGUCAACACAUUAGUUGACAACACAUUAAUUUAAACCAACUAAAAGAGGUCAAUUAAACUGGAACCCAAGGUAUUAGGACUUGCAUAAGUGAUAAGUGAUAUCUCUUACUGAAAUAUAUAGUGGUAACCCCAUAAAAUAUUUACAAUAUUUAAAAAUCUACAUUGUUUUAUACAUAUUUUGGACUGUGGGGCGCCAUUAUUUAGAUGAUGUAAAAUGGUUGUACUUGGUGAGAUACUGGCGCUACCUAUUCUUAUAUUUACUGCAACACAAAUCGGAAAAUAAAAUACUGAUACGAUGACAAGUGGCAACUAAUAUAAGCGUAGGCUUAAACCAAAUGCCGUACCGUCGAUUUUUACCCACAACGCCCCUGGAUUUCGAGUGAAAUCUGCGCCGAGAAACUCCUUCAGUGGCUGCGGUGCCAUGACAAGCGUCGGCAUGUUUACAUUCUGCCAGGAUGGCAUGUAGCGUUUCUUGUCUCUGCCGUUUGUAAACUCUUUCAGUCGCUGUGGUCUACUAAAAGUCUCAAAGGCAUCAGGGCUAAAGUGGAGAGAACAAAGAUGCAUCUUUAGGAAGUUUUAUUCGUGCACAAACAUUUUCCCAUUCUUUUCUCCUCUUAAUCGCUAGGAAAGUAGUGGAGACUUACAUAGUGUCUCUUAUUGCCUUUCAACUGAAAAUUACAACCAAGAGCAGCACAAUGUGACAUUGAAUCAGAAUUGUAUUUUCCGAGUUGUCAAAAUAGCAACAGGUAGUGCCAAUAGUUCACCAAGUGCAACCAUUUGACAUCAUCGAAAAACGAUGUGGAUUUUUUAAAUAACAUACAUCUUUCAUGGAUUUUCAACUGCACAUUUCAGUAAGAGACAUAAUUUACGUUAUAUUACGGAAUACAAGUCUUAAUUCCCGGGGUUCCCUUUUUGAUUAGGUUUAGUCUUAACAUUCUUAAGUCACCAUAUUCACCACAGUGAGUGUCACCAUUUUGAAGAAACAGUCUUAUUGUUUGGGUCACCCUAAUGUUCACUCUGUGCCUUUUUUAACUUUGGCUGUAAUGGUGUCACUGGUGGGUCCAUGUCAGGAUUGUGAGGUAAAUAACACAUGAACAAUUACAAAACAAUCAUCACUGAGCUGUAAUGCGAGUUUCUGUGUGUUUAGUUUUUUUCUUUCUCAUAAAUGCUGGUUUUGGUCUCAUGGAAGGGUGUUGUGUAUGCUGACAACCAUAUGCUGUGUGUCUGUUGUACACAAAUAGCCGCCUUUUUAUGAUCCUCUCAUCUUUUGACUACGGUUCUUGUUGAAUGUGUAAAUAUAUUUACUGUAAUGUUGGGUGCGAUUGUCUUUACGGCUAUAACAUGUGGACGCCCGGGCUGCAAAUUUUAUGAAGGACAUGAGGAGGCUAAUCAUCCCCCAGGUAUUAUUAGCAUUUAUUAUUCAUAUGUUGUCGUUACCCAAAAGCACACGCACUUGUGAAUUCCCUGGCUUUUAUUUAUUAAGCCUGUAAGGUGCUGUUAGAGGAUCAGUUCAGCUUGUUUGAACAUGAAGACUAAUGCCAGUGUAAACAUGGAAAUCUGAUCUUUGAUCAGCAGACCUUUACUGCUAGCUGUGCGAAUCGACUUCCUUGAACCAAAUCAUCUGUUUUCUGUUUGGAUGGGGCCCAUUUGGUAUUUCAUAACAGUAGAGGUUAGGCCGGUUCUCUGUACAGUGCCAUUUAAAGAGAUAGCUACUCUCCUUGCUAAUAAGAGACAACCAAUGAUUAUUAACUGUAGAUUAACCUGUGUACUAAUAUUGACUUUUUUCUUCCUAUUUGUUUGGUUUGCACAUCAUGUAAAAACCUUAUUUUUGUGUGCUUUUUGUGAUGUUAUUUUUGAAUAAAAAUGAAAUCAUUCUA